CAGAGGACAACAAGAUUUUAAAUAUUCUAAACUAUCUGGAAAAAGAAAUUAAAAAACAAUAAUAACAUUCUUCCUUAGUAACAAUUUCACGAGAUGAAUCACUCUUAAAAUCAUGCAUUAUUAAUAUGUAAAUGAGGCAGAUUUGAAUGGCAGUUCCUGAUCAAAUUUUGCGAGUUACAGCAAUCGUAGAUUUCGCUGGUUGGUUUAAUUUUCUGUUGCUUGCUGUCGAUCUUUUAUCGUUGUAAAAUAUCUUAUUUUUUGUCAUUUUGUAUAUAAAGAGAGUGUGGUAUAUCUAUGACUGUUUCGUAUAUCAAAAUAAGCCGAACUUGCACAUUACAGGGGAUAAUAUAAAUUGUGUAGCAUAGUGUGUUAUUUGUGGAUUAAAAGUUGAAGCAGAUUUUGGACUUAAAUUGAGUUAACCACACUUUGGUAAACAACUUCUGACAGAAGUGUUUUAGUCAGCUGGGUUUAAGAAAUGUCCGGAAGACGAAAACAAUUACUGGAGGGAAUUUUUAAGAAGCCAUAUUAUAGAAAGUGUAAGAUAAAGAUAUUUUUCCUUUCAAGAAUAAUGUUUUAACAGAGAGAACAAUAUUAUAGUUAUUGCGUGAUGAGCGAACUAUAAAGGACUUGGAUUUCGGAUGCACAUGGACGUAAAAAUCAAAACAGACAGAUGGCUUUGAGUGAAAAGGAGUUAUACUGGCGCAUUUAUCUCCUACUCAGUGAAGGAGUGCCCCUUGUUUCAAAGCUCGUUAUAUCCCGAGAAUUGGGCAGACAUGGAAGUGACUUAGAUUUUCUUUUGCUUCAAAGUAAAGACCAACUGAAAAAGACUCAUCGUCUGAAUGAAUCAGAAAUUGAAGUAUUGUAUCCUGCCGAUGGAAACACAAACAUAGACGAGUGGAACUCGAAUAUGUUCACAAGUGUAAUUCUUACCCUAUUUCGUACCUCCCUUCUACAAAAUGAAAGAAAGCAAAUACGAAAUAUUCACAGUAUUUAAAAAGAACUGUGUACCAAUCCAGACGAGUACGCGUUAGACGACGAGACAUUUGACGACCAUAAAACAACACUUAAGGAUGCACUGUCAUCUCUUGCCUUUGACGAAAAGGUAAAAUCCGAAGUUGAUGAUUUGAUCAAUAUGUAUACCAUCAGGCCAUUGAAUGCUGCAGAUGUGCUACAACAUAUUGAAGACAUCAAUUUGUCUGAAGGGACACGACAUCAAUUGGAAUUCUUUCUUCUUUCCCUUCCCCCUGCCAUAGAAGACGAUGAUGAUAGAACUAGCGUUGAGGUUUAUGAAGACAAGUCCAAUGAUACUGGUACCUCCACAAACAUCCUUGAAAAAAAUAAACAAGAAGCGUCUUCGGUUCCCCCCAGCAAAGAUUAUGAAGAUUACACCACUGCGUACAAACAAUGAAUUUCGAAUCAAUUGCGACGCUGAGCAUUGUCCUAACAAUAUGCCUUAUUGUACUCCUGUGGGAUGUGUAUUUCAGUGUCCUAACAAUACGUUUAUGAACGGCAGUAAUUGUGUCAUGCAUUGUGAAGAUAUGUAUAUAUACAAUAAAACUUGUGUUUGUACAUGUCCAGAUACCCAUCACUUAGUCGAGGAAAGAAUCAAAAUAAUCAGCUCACAGUUUCAAAAAUAUAAGUUUUGCAGAGCUGUGUGCUCAUCGCAAAACUUUCAGUUGAAUGGAAAGUGUAUAAGAUCGUGUCCAGACGACCAAAUAUUUGUCGAAAACGGCAGAUGCCUUGAUAAAUGUUCAGAUACCUGUCACAUGCAUCGAAAUAUUACUUUUAGCGGUCGCCUUCUUGGGAUAGAAUGCCUGUCUAUUUGCAAUGGCAAAUAUCCGUUUCAGCGAAACGGCAAUUGUGUUUUCAUCUGUGACUAAGCAGAAGUUGUUGUUGACAGAAAAUGUUCACUGGAGUGCCCUAAAAACAAGCAAAAUCGGCUGAACUUAGAGUUAUGUGUUGCAUUAGGUAAUUGUGAGGACAGUUGGCCUGACCAGGUAUACUGUUCAGACUCAUGUCCGGAGAAUUUUUACUCAUACAAUAAGACAUGUAUAAAAAGAUGCCCCAUAGAUGAAGGCUACAUUUGGAACGGAACUUGUGUCAGUGUUUGCCCAAAGACGUACCCUUACAAAACUUGGGUGUAUGCACGGAGAUACAGCGGUUAUUAAAAGCAUAUAGAAUGUACCGAUAAAUGUCUACGUAAAACAGAUAUGUUAAAUUUGGCAUGUGUUGACUAUUGAAAAACUGGAACAAUGAGUUACAAUAAUAUAUGUGUAAAGAAAUGUCCACGGAAUACAUAUAUAUCUGACAACGACCAUUCCAAUGAAAUUAUGUGUAUCCCAGAAUGUGUUAAAUAUAUUCAUCAAGGUAAAUGCGUUGAUCAUUGUCCAAAAUUCUCCAUAAAUAAAACAUGUGUCGACUUUUGUUCAGGUAAUUAUAAAUUUCAAUAUAAAAGCUUGUGCGAAUCAGAUUGUCCCAACAACACAUGUUUGAAAGAAAACGGAAUAAAUUGUACAGAUGAGUGCUCUUUUGAUCCAAGAGAUAAUACAUUAGCUGAUAUAUGUCCUACACAUACCCCAUAUAGAAGGCAGGAUAUCUCUCGCCAUAUUUGUGUGUCUGAAUGUAAAGUGAACGAGGUGUUAGAUGAUAAAUAUAACUGUAUAAAUGUAACAGAGUGUAAGAGGGCGGUCUUAUCAGAUGGACGUUGCAAAGGUAAAUGCCCUCCUGGAUAUCUUUACUGGGCAUACGAUCAUCAGAAUACGGACAACACGUAUUCGUACAAUGUUGAUGAUCUAAAAGACAAUCCGUGUGUUACCAUCAUUAGAGCGUGUUUUCCGACAAUAUUAGCUGGGCUAUUUACAUUAAUUUAUGGAUUGUGGUUUUGUCUUUUCAUUUCCACAAAACAAAUGCAGUGUUUGCAAAGACGAAACGUUCAGGCAGUAAAAGAACAGGCUGAAGUAAAUAAAGAGCUGGCGGAAGAGAAUGUUUUGGAGACAUAUGAGGACACGAAAGAUGUUCGUUUGAUUGAUGCCGCAACUGAGGAGCAAGAGGCGACGCAAAAGUUGUAUGGCGAAGCAUUUGAGGAAAAUGAAGAUAUGCAUAUAGUUGAAGUUAUAAUUGAAGAGCAAAGGACGAGACAUGAGUUGUCUGGAGAGACAUUUGAGGUUAGUGAAGAUGUGCGUUUAAAUGAACUUGAAACUGAAGAGCCUUUGAUGGACAGAGAGUUGUCUGGCGAGACGUUUGAUGGUAUCGAAGAAGUGCGCUUGACUGAGGUGGCAACUAAUGAUGUGUAGAGUCUUAAGUUGCGAUGUCCACAAUUAUGGAUAGCAUUCAGCUCUCUGAGAGAAAAAUAGAACAUUUGGUAAAGUGAACAUGUGCAUAAUAGAUGAUAUAACUUGUCUAGUUUUAAUUUUGGACGAAGAUCCUAGAUGCCCUUUCGAGCAUUAUUUAAUUGAAUAUGGGCACCUGCGAAGAACCACCUACCUUAUGCAAGGGAGCUGGAUGAAGAAUUCUACAAAUUAAGCGAGGUUUCGAACCCACAUCGAUAAGGGGCAAGUGAUGGAGAUCUCGCACUUGUAUCAGUGUUCUUAUUGUUGUUAAUGCAUCAGGAAUAGACUACAGCUUACAUGUAACCGGAAUUCGUUGAUACAAGAAAAACACAUGAAUUGCUGAAAAUAGUAAAUAUAUAGAUCUAACAUUGAAAAGAAGUUUAGUUGCUGUCCCCGGGAUGUUUGUUACCUAUGCCAUUCAUAAAUAAUCUUAGUAGGCAAAACAAUCACUGAGGUUAGAAGUAAAGAAAAUUCUUAAACCCAUUAAAUGGUUUAUUUUACCUUUAUUUUCACUGAAAAGUAAGACAGAGUUUCUGUCGAUCAUAUUCGUAUUUAUAAAAGAACAUUUUCUAAAGAACAUCAUUCCUACCAAUGUAUAACAUACACCGGUAGUAAUUUUACUUCAGAUUUAAAGGGACACAACUUCAAAUUAAAAGCAUCAUGAUUAAUCAAAGCAUUUAUGUAACAACAUCUCUAAGUAUAUCAAUUAUUUCUUUAUCAGUAACAUGCUAGCAUAUUAUUUAGUUUUCUCUAUGAGUUAAAUCAUUAGACAAUAUCUAGAUGCUUUAAGCACUCAUACUGAAAAUAUCUAAAUCAGGUCAUGUAGUAGAUGAAGCUUGACAGGAAAGACUUUAUUGACAUUUUAUAAUUUAAGUAAAGGUACAAUAUUAUACUUUUGCAAAUAAAAGAAGCAUACGGAAAGGGGAUCCAAUAGAUCUAAAUCUAGAAAACAAUUAAGCAAAAUAAACUGAUACUGAUAUCAAUAUUGUGACCAUUGUAAUUUUGAUGUACUACUUUGUCCGCAAGAAAACGGCUCAUUUGUGACACUGUUUUCCGUAACAAACGUAUAAAUGUAAACUUUAAAAACAUCAGACCUAAUUUCUUGAAAUUUAAGAGUUCAAAUCCCCAUUAGCUUUAUGUUUCUGUUUUUUUUUUACUAAACCAGUGCGGCAUUUUUAUCAAAGAAUGAGUAGCUCCAUGCAGUAAAUGUCGUUUACGAUGGGACGUGUGUCAAUAUGGGUCUUUUCAGUCCGAAAUCUUGUGUCAAGAAUCUGGUUUAUAACUUGGAUUCACCAUGGGAACAACUGAAUCACGGUAUUUUACUAUUCAGUUCUAACCUGUAUUGUUUGAACUUUCCAGUAUGCUGGUCCCCAACCAACAAACUAGAAGUAAGUGUUUGGAGAUAUUUCCAAUGUAACAUUGAAAAACAUGUUUGGUAACUCUGAUCAGUAGUUCUUUUUAUCUUCAUUGGAAAUAUAUUUGUGAUUUCAAUGUUAUUUAGCAGAAAUAUGUCAUCCAAAAUUCACGGAAUUAGUUUAAUACUGUGUUGGUAUAACACCAAAAUAUUUCGACAUCUCGAAGCUAAUUUAUCUUACGCUAAUUUAUAGUUUAAUUAAGCAAAAGCUAUAAUACAUUGUACUUGUACGAGGAAACAGUUGUUGCGCCGUAAACGACUUUUACCAAUUAGUAAAAUAUAAUUGAUUAAAAACUAAUACAGAUUUAUAGCAGCUCAAUAUGCUAUGUUUUAUAUGUGCAAAAUUACUUUUAUAAUAUCAACUAAUUGUAUGCAUCAAAUAUCUAGACUCCAUUUAUAUGUCAGUAUGAAGCAAAAAAAGACAUCCUAACUAUUGCACACAAGAAUAAAAGGACAUAUUUAUUUCAAAAAAUUAACAUAACAUAUAUUUUAGCAAAAUGUAUGGUCAGGACAUUUUCUUAAUUAUGGCCAGGAUGGAGGAAACCGUUUAUUAAUUGCGUACUAGAUAUAUCU